AAUAAAAAAUUGUAUGCCAUUUGUUAUUCGGGUUGAUUAAACUCUACCCGACCUGAAUCGGAUUCUGGGAGAGCCGCUACAAUGGCGGAUUCACUUCUCUCCUUUAACUUGUCGGAACCCAAAAUCAACAAUAAAUCCCCCCGCAAACAUUGAACUCAAACCCUAACCCUAAUCGUGAAAAUUCAUCUCAUAAAUUGUAGUUCAAGGGUUGACGAGGAGAUGGAAACUCACAUGUCUCAUCAUCAGUAUGAAAGACGACCCAUAUACAAGUCCAAAGCUCCUGCUUCCAAAUGGUUUAAGGAAUGGGUCCCACAAGAUGUUGUAGCAACUGGUGGGAAGUGCUACGUCUUAAAGUGGGUGAAUGAGGCCACAUUAAAAGCUCUGAAGGAGAAGCCAAAAGAGGCAGGAGUACCUGUGUCAGAACCAGAGCCAACUACUGAAGUUCUUUUUCUUUGUAGCUAUGAAGGUUGUGGAAAGACAUUUAUUGAUGCUGGGGCCUUGAGGAAGCAUUCUCACAUCCAUGGGGAGAGGCAGUAUGUAUGUCACUAUGAGGGUUGUGGAAAGAAAUUUUUGGAUAGUUCCAAGUUAAAACGACACUUUCUUAUUCACACGGGAGAAAGAGACUAUGUAUGUCCACAUGAAGGCUGUGGUAAGGCAUUCUCACUGGAUUUUAACUUAAGAUCACACAUGAAAACACACUCCCAGGAGAACUAUCAUAUCUGCCCGUAUCCAGAAUGUGGAAAGCGAUAUGCACAUGAGUACAAACUUAAAAAUCAUAUUUCAUCUACUCACCAGAAGAACAACACACCAGAUGCACAUGCACAUACACAUGCACCAAAGUAUACCCCGCCUGUGGAGAAGCCAGUGAAGACUCCGAAAUCUUCUUCAGCAGCUUAUGGCUCAUCAUCAUCCGACCGCCCUUACAGCUGUCCAUACGAAGGUUGUGACAAAUCUUACAUCCAUGAAUACAAGCUGAAUCUUCAUUUAAGGAACAUGCACCCUGGUCAUUUCCCAGAGGAGAAUGCGAGAAAUGUUCAAUCCACUGCUGACAAUGAGAUGGACGAAGGCAGUGAUCAGGAUGCAUAUGCUGCAAGACGUGGAAACGGAAGAAUUCAGAAACAGAGCAGACCAAAACCAAGCUUAAAGCAGCCACCUUUAAAAGUUGCACGCAAAAGCUCAUCUAGUGCUGCUCAAGUCAAUCUAAGUAUAUCGAAGAAACCUUGGCCAAUUAAAGAAGAGAACUUCAAUGAAGAAGAUAGUGAAGAAACAGAAGAGGAGCGAGAUGAUGUUGGGGAUGGAUGGAGGUAUGGUGAAAACGAUGACGACGAUGAAGAGACUGAAGAAGAUGACUAGGCUUAUAUUUCAUACAUACUCAUAGGUAGUUAAGUAGUAGUAUGUUUUGGGAUAAAUGGUUGUCACUGUCUAGAAAAUGGGAUUGGACUUUGCUUAUUAAUGCCUUUUUGUGUUUUAUGAAAAGCAUGAGGUUUUAGCUGUUUCCUAAA